AUGCGUUUAUCAUGGAUUUUAAAUGCAGCCAAAAGUGGACGACAAUUACUUGUUAGUUGUGAAUCACAAGCAACAGGUCAUCGAAUGAUGCGUAUACGUGAUAGAACACAAGAAAAAUUGGAAUUUCUACAUAUUGAUCCAUGGAUUGAUCAAGAAGUUUUAUAUAAAGAAGCACGAAAAAUCAAGACAUUAGAAAAACGAAAACUUCGAGAAAUACAUCUUAGUCGAUUAACUUGA